AUGCCCAUGGAAAGUCUCGCAAAUUCCGCCAUGGAAGCAGCCGCUCUCUCGUUAGCUUCUAACGAUUAUGGUACCAGAUUCACCGUCGGUCGCCAUUCCUUUCCGAGCAUUGUUAGGGUUAAGCGAUGGAAUGGUGUGACUCAUGCUCUUGCAACUGAACCGAAGCCCAAGGCAGCCGAUCUUAGAACUGUCAAUCGAUAUGUACAUGUAUGGAUUAAUGAAGUUUCUCGGGCAAUUGAGUUGAGGGAAAUUGUAACCUCUUUGGGUCCUGCAUACAUCAAACAUGGGCAAGCAUUAAGCAUUAGGUCAGACAUUGCCAUGACACUUCUAGAAGAGGCUAUGGUGCUAAUGCCCUGA